AGCACCUGGCAAGGCCACAGAGGCCACGAUGGCGCUGGCGGGGGCCCUGGAGCGGCUGCAGGAGGAGGCCAUCUGCCCCAUCUGCCUGGAGUACAUGAGCGAGCCCGUCAGCAUUGACUGCGGGCACAACUUCUGCCGGGGCUGCAUCGCCAAGCACUGCCAGGAGAAGGGUCUCUGGGCGGACGGGCCCUUCUCCUGCCCACAGUGCCGGGCCUCCUGCCACCGCAGCGGCUUCCGACCCAACAGGCAGCUGGCCAACAUCGUGGAGAGCAUUCGGCAGCUGGGGCUGCGGGGCGGGCAGGGGACGGAGCCGGUGGCAGGGACCCCGCUCUGCCCCCAGCACGACGAGCGCCUCAAGUUCUUCUGCGAGGAGGAUGAGGAGGCCAUCUGCGUGGUGUGCCGGGAGUCCCUGCACCACCGCCUGCACACCGUCUACCCCAUUGAGGAGGCCGCGCAGGUCUACAAGGUCAAACUCCAGAAAUCCUUGGAGCAUCUUUCAAAGGAAGCGGAGGACGUUAGGAAGCGUGAGUCGGCAGAAAGGAUGAAGACCCAGGAGUGCAAGGAGACAGUGAAGAAAAAGCGAGAGAGGAUUGUGAGUGAGUUCGGGAAGCUGCAUCGGCUGCUGGCCGAUGAGGAGAAGCUGCUGCUCCAGAAGCUGGAGGAGGAGGAGAAGAGGAUUCUGCUGUUGAUCAAUGAAAACCUGGCCAGGCUGGUGGAGCAGAAGUGCUUGCUGGAGGAGCUGAUCCUGGAGAUAAGGGAGAAGAUCCAUCAGCCAGCUGAUGGGCUGCUCAAGGACAUGAAGAACGUCCUGUGCAGGUGUGAGGGGGUAACGUUCCCAUCCCCCAAGGCUGUGUCUGUGACCCUGAAGGAGGACUACAGCAUCCCAGAGCGCUGCCUGGGCAUGAGGGACAUGCUGAAGAAGUUCAAAGUGGAUGUGACUCUGGACCCUGAGACGGCGCACCCUGAGCUCACCCUGUCUGAUGACUGCAAGAGUGUGCGGCGAGGGAGCAAGAAGCUUCUUCUGUCCCUCUUUGACAACCCCAAGAGGUUCAGCACGGCUCCAGUGGUGCUGGGGAGCCAGGUCUUCUUCUCAGGCCGCUGCUACUGGGAGGUACAGGUGGGAGACAAGCCAGAGUGGGGUUUGGGGCUGUGCAGGGAGUCUGCCAGCCGGAAGGGAAACAUCCUCUUCUCCCCUAACAACGGCUACUGGGUGCUGCGGCUGCAAAAUGGAGGCAACUAUGAGGCCCUCACCUCUCCUGUCUCCCCUCUGACCCUGGCCGUGAGACCCCGGCGCAUUGGGAUCUUCCUGGACUAUGAGGCAGGAGAAAUCUCCUUCUACAAUGUGAGCGACCGCUCCCAUGUUUACACCUUCACUGACAGGUUUUCGGGAAACCUCCGGCCUCUCUUUUUCCUGGGUGCCUUUUUGGGGGGCAGGAAUGCAGAGCCCUUGGUGAUCUCUUGGGUCAGGGACACACAAGGGACUGGGUGCAUCAUCCUGUGACAGCAGCUGCUCUGGUUUUGGGCAGGGAGCUGGGAGCUCAAUCACCUCCUCCUGCGCGCAGGCCAGCACCAGGGAAAUACCUGUGUGCCUUGGUGUGUGUCCUGGCAGGGUCCCUGUGUGCUCCUGGCUGCUGGGGAUGACCUGACAAGUGUGACACUGCCAUGUGCCUGACACACGCCAUGUGCCUGACACCAGCCAUGUGCCAUGCCUGUGCUGGGAAGGACAUUUUGCACUGGGGACAUACCACAACCCUUGGUGCUGCCGAUGGGGACAGGGGAGCCCCCUGACCACCCUGCUGCUUGUGUCAUGGGCUGAUGGAAGAGGUAUGCACGCAACCUAAUGUGUAGUGCUGAUUUUAGUGUGAAUUAUUGUGGAACAAGGCAAUAAAGGGUUGAUGUGGAGAGCCUC